CAGUAUUUUUUCGCAUGAGAGCUCAUUAACGUUUCGCUUGGCUAAGUGCGCGCCUCGCCACUGAAACCAGUUAGAAAAGGAAAUUUUCUUUAGACCCAACUAAAACCGAUAGCAAAAAUUUGAUAAUUUUGAAUGCAAUUUAUUCUGGAAUAAAUAAACUAGGUCGCCACCCGCGGCACCGGCUUUCCUACAAGCACCUGCCGACCUCGAGAUGAUUUCUGCCACCAAUACACCAUAUGUUAUUUGUUAUUUUUAAUUUGGUUUCGGAUAAGAAGAAACUAACAUUCAAAGUGAAAGUUAAUAAACUUAACAGUACAAAUAAUGGGAUACGAUUAAAUUCCCGCCAAAUUGAUAAUUCACUUAAAAAUCAACGGAUAUUCAAUUUUAUUAGUGAUAAUUUAGUGAUUCAUAACUAAGUGACGAAUACAUACACAAGUACAAAAAUCUGACAACGAAAAAAAAAUUUUAAAGGUUUAAAAUCGACUUAAUAUUAAUUUCAAAUUUAAAUAAUGAUGCUUACAACUGAACACAUUAUGCACGGGCAUCCGCACUCAUCGGUUAGCCAGAGUGCAAUUUUUGGUUGCUCCACGGCGGGUCACAGUGGCAUUAACCAAUUGGGCGGUGUCUAUGUCAAUGGCCGGCCAUUGCCUGACUCUACUCGUCAAAAAAUUGUGGAACUGGCACAUUCCGGCGCUCGUCCAUGUGAUAUUUCAAGAAUACUGCAAGUUUCCAAUGGUUGCGUAAGCAAAAUUUUGGGAAGAUAUUAUGAAACAGGAUCAAUAAAGCCCCGUGCGAUAGGUGGUUCAAAACCACGGGUAGCCACAACACCAGUUGUUCAGAAAAUUUCUGAUUAUAAAAGGGAAUGUCCAAGCAUAUUUGCAUGGGAAAUUCGGGAUCGGCUUCUAUCAGAACAAGUUUGCAAUAGUGAUAACAUUCCCAGUGUUUCAUCUAUUAACCGAGUAUUGAGAAACUUGGCCUCUCAGAAAGAGCAGCAAGCCCAGCAACAAAAUGAAUCUGUAUACGAAAAGCUGCGAAUGUUUAAUGGUCAAACUGGGGGAUGGGCUUGGUAUCCUAGCAAUUCAACGACGACUCACUUAGCCUUGCCACCAGCGUCAGCGACUGUAGCAACACCAACUAAUUUAUCUGGACCAAUAAAUCGAGAGGAUAUUCAAAAACGUGAAUUACAAUAUUCAACUGAUGUUUCUCAUACAAACUCUCACGACAGUACAUCAGACGGAAUUUCUGAUCACAAUUCAUCUUGUGACGAGGAUUCCCAAAUGCGAUUAAGGCUUAAAAGGAAGUUACAGCGUAAUCGUACUUCUUUUACAAAUGAACAAAUUGAUAGCCUGGAAAAAGAAUUUGAGCGAACUCACUAUCCGGAUGUUUUUGCCCGAGAGAGACUUGCGGAUAAAAUUGGUUUGCCAGAGGCACGUAUUCAGGUUUGGUUUUCAAAUAGGCGAGCAAAAUGGCGCCGUGAGGAGAAAAUGAGAACGCAGAGGCGAUCAGUGGAUAACAUUGGGAAUAGCAGUGUUCGAUCUAGUACUGUAGCAAACAACACUUCCGGAGGAGCAUCGUCCUCUGUGACAACUUCUAACAAUUCUACACCAGGUAUCAUAAACUCAACAGCUUCCGGUUCGGAACGACCAUCAUCAGAUGUCAUUACCACAAAUAACCUUAGUGAAACACCUAAUGGACCAAGCGUUCUAGGCGGGGAUGCUAAUUCUGCACAUACGAGCUCAGAAAGUCCACCAAUUCAAUCGGUAGCACCGCGAAUUCCACUGAACACUGGUUUUAAUACAAUGUACCCAUCUAUCCCGCAACCCAUUGCUACAAUGGCGGAAAAUUAUAAUCAUUUUUCAUUAAUCCACAGCUCACCCUUAGGAUCAAUGACACCCACAUGCUUGCAGCAAAGGGACGCGUAUCCUUACAUGUUUCAUGAUCCAUUAUCGUUAGGAUCUCCAUAUGCUUCAACGCAUCACAGAAAUCCCACUUGUAAUCCAGCAGCUGCGCAUCAACAGCCACCUCAGCAUGCCGUUUAUUCAAAUAGUUCAUCAAUGGUCUCAUCAAAUACAGGUGUCAUAUCUGCAGGCGUCUCGGUGCCUGUUCAAAUUUCAGCGCAAAACGUAUCGGAUCUAACGGGAAGUAAUUACUGGCCGCGUCUUCAGUGAUCUUCAAUUUUUAAUUUGCCUUCUGACCUUUUGUCAAAGGCUACAGCUGCGGCAAUAGCUGUUACCCAUGCAACUAAUGAAAAAUACCCACAGAAUUAUACAGGAUUUUCAGUUGUCAGUAAAAUUGCUUCAGAUUUGAACAAUAUCCCACCGAAUUUAAACCGUCAGACACGAGAAUCUAGAUUAAUUAAUAUAAAUAUGGGACACGAAAAAAAUGCAUGUUUAAGAUCAGGUGUUGAUGUUGUCAUACGUCAAGGCCUUUUACUUCCGAUAUCGCCAUCCCUUUCAUGUUCGUCUGAAGGUACCAACAUCAAUUUUCAUCCUGAUUAUAAAAUAAUCUAAUAUAUUUAUGUAAAUGCCAUUUCGUAUCAGUUUCGUUGCUCAAAACUUUGAAAAUUUGACAGAGUUAAUAACCGAAUGUCUCCGUAUAAAUAAAACUACUUAAUUUAUGAAUUUAUAAUUAAA